CCAACCUGGGCUAUAAAGCCUGUUGAGUUGAAGAGUUUCUGCAUGGCUGAGAGAACAGAAUAAUGUUGACGUGAACUUUAAUCCAAAACCACCAUGAAGGUUUAUUUCAGAGUUGGAGUUAUUGGAGCUUUUUUGGUCCUGUUGUACAUAAUUAUAUCCACGACGGAAAGUUGGAGCAAAGAAAAAUCGUAUCUAAAAAGAGCCACAGAUCAGGAGGUUGUGGGCAGAAAACUGGACAGAAUUGAAGACACCCUAAACAAGCUGGCAAAGUUAAUAGAAAAACCUGCCCAGAAGAGCUCCUUUAAAGAACUUCCUUCAAAUGAAAACCAAAAAAAGCCAAAAACGGUGGUACCAAAGUUAUACCCAAACUCCUUCCUGUUUACAAAGUGGGGAGAUGGUCUGUCAGAAGAGGAACAGAAGGAAGCAGAAGCUCUUUUUCAGAUUUAUGGAUACAACGUCUUCCUCAGCAACCAGGUUCCCCUCGAUCGGAAGCUCCCUGACAUGAGAGAUCAAAGAUGUCUGAAGAUGAAUUAUCCCAAAGAUCUUCCCAGCAUCAGCGUGGUGCUAAUCUAUGUAAAUGAGGCUCUUUCUGUCAUUAAGAGGGCAGUACGAAGCAUCAUCACCCACACACCAAAACACCUGCUGAAGGAGAUCAUUCUGGUGGACGAUCAUAGUACUUACAAUGAUCUUGGGAAACCUUUGGAAGACUACAUUGGUGAGGUUCACAAAGAAAUGCCUAGUCUCAUUAAAAGAGUCUGGCACACACGUCAAAUGGGUCUGUCCCAGUCCCGAAUCACAGGCUGGAAGGAGGCAACCGGAGAUGUUGUGGCCAUUUUAGAUGCUCACAUUGAAGCUACACAGGGAUGGGCAGAACCUUUGCUGGCCAGAAUCAAAGCUGACAGGACCAUCGUGGUGUCCCCUGUGUUUGAUAAGGUCCACUUUGAUGAUCUACACAUAGAAAGAUACAUGAUGUUUGCUCAGGGCUUUGACUGGGCUUUGUGGUGCAUGUACGAGUCUUUCAAACCAGACUGGAAUCAGGUGGACGAAUCACAGCCUGGAAAGAGUCCUUCUGUUAUGGGCAUCUUUGCAGCAGACAGGGGUUUUCUUGGAGAAAUUGGUGGACUUGAUGGGGGCAUGACAGUUUAUGGAGGAGAAAAUGUUGAACUCGGGAUUCGUGUGUGGCUGUGUGGAGGAAGUGUGGAGGUUGUGCCUUGUUCCAGGAUAGCUCACAUCGAGAGAGCACACAAACCAUAUUCACCUGAUCUCAACCCAUCCAUGAAGAGAAAUGCCUUAAGAGUUGCAGAUAUUUGGUUGGAUGAAUACAAGAAAAAUGUGUUUAUUGCCUGGAACGUUCCUCUUAAGGACCAUGGAAUUAAUAUCGGCGAUGUGUCUGGGAGGAAAACCCUCAGAGAGAACCUGAAAUGUAAACCUUUCAGCUGGUACCUCGAGAACGUCUACAAGAGUCUGGAAAGAUGGGAUAACAUUUUGGGAUACGGUGUACUGCAGAACAGCCUCUUUAAGAAGCUCUGUGUGGAUCAGGGCACGACUCCUGGAAACAUCCCAAUAUUGUACGAGUGCCACUUCCAAGAACCACAGCGAUGUUACUACAACACAGAAAGUGAAAUCAUCAUAGGGAGCAUGAGAUCUCACAAAUACAGCAGUAACCGCUGCCUGGUGGAUCCAGGCUCUGGAAGCAUUCCCACUCUGCAUGACUGCAAGAUGGCAAAGCAAAACCAGUUACACAUGCACUGGGACUUCAGACAAGAACGAGAAAUUAGGAACAAAGCUACAAACAGAUGCCUUGAGAUCGCCCAGGGAGAAAUCUUUUAUCAGCUUAUCAUUCAGCAGUGCAGUGGGCAGAGUUGGACCAUCCAGCACCUCAUCACAACCUUCUAGCUUUACAGACACAAUUUAUCUGGCUGAUAAAGUAAAACUACAGCUUAUGCUCAUUUUUCACCUUAUGAUAAAUGUUUUAUAUGUUAAUGAAAUAAAUUACAUUAACAUAA